UCGCGUUUUAAACAUUGACAUCUGUCAUCCAACCUCAAUUUUUUCCAAUUUACAUUAAUUGAAUUAAGUUUCCAACAUUAACAAUGUCAGACAUAAAAUUCUCCCGACGUGCUUAUUGUAAAAUAAUAUUGCACGCAGCCAAAUAUCCCCAUUGUGCGAUAAAUGGUGUACUGUUGGCCAAAUCCUCGGCGAAAAGAGAUGAUAUCGAAUUUGUGGAUGUUGUCCCAUUAUUUCACAUAUCCAUUAAUUUAACUCCCAUGGCAGAAAUUGCAUUAAUGCAGAUUGAUGAACUUAUAUCAAAAAAGGGGCUUUACAUAGCUGGAUAUUAUACUGCUCAAGACAACCUGAAGGAUAACACGUUUGAAAAGGCCCACCACAGAAUAGUGGAAAAAGUGGCUGCUCUAAAUGGUUCUUCAUAUUUAGUUUUGGUAAACAAUUCUGAGUUGGACUUGGAUGUCCAUAAAACUGCUUUAAAGGUGGCACAAUACAAUGAUGGAAUGUUGAAAGUGCUGGAUCCAAGCAGAAUUGUGACAAGUGAAAAGACAACAUUGAAUGCUUGCUCAUAUUUACUGAAAAAAGAUGCUUAUCAGAAUCUGGUUGAUUUUGACAACCAUUUAGACAACUUAACAUUGGACUGGAUGAAUUAUAGUUUAAAUAAAGAAAUUGAAGAGAUUUUAUAAAUUAUGUUUUAUAUUUUAGGAUAAGUAGAACAAAGUAAAUUUGAGUGCAACAUUUUUUGUAAUAAGUCACAAGUGAUUGUUCAGUACAAGUUGAUGUAUUAAAAUUUAAUAUAAUGUAUGUAAAUUUA